AUGUCAUCUACUACUUCAUUAGUGAUAAAAAAUAUUAAUAAAGAUGAUUUAGAGGAAGGUAGCGACCACCAAACAUUGAUAUCAGACGACAGCUGCAGAUUGAGGCAUGAAUUGAUGCCCCUAGAAAAUAGUUGUCUUUCACAAAAAUUAAAAAGAAAAAGAUUUGUUACAAAAGAGUGUACAGGAAAAAAACGGCUUUACUUAAAACGGGAUGAUCAUUAUAUUGAUAUAUAUAAAGAUAAUAUUUUUGUUAUAAAUAAUAUGAUGGAAAGAAAAAUAAAAUAUCUUGAUAUAGGAUAUGAUUUUAGAGAGAAUGUUAUGAAAUUUGAUACAACAAAUUAUGAUAAUGAUGAAAGUUUAAAUAAAUUGAAAAAUAAAGAAAAAAUAAAAGGAAAGUAUUUUUCUAAUAAUAAUUUUGGAAAAAAAUUUUUUAUAUUUUAUUUAUGGUUAUUUUUAUUGUUUCAUUUUGUUGGUGGAAAUCAUUUAGUUGAAAAACAAAAAUAUAAUCAAUAUCAAAAUGGUGAAAGUUUUUAUUUGACGGAGGAAUUAUUUAUGAGGCAUAAAAGAAUUGAUAAAAAUCAGAAAAUGUGCCAUAUAUGGAAUCACUUUUCACCCAAAGAUUUAUGUUCCAAACGUCCAUUUGAUCGACUAGAUUUAUUAAGAGAAAUAUCAUUAUUUACUUCAGAUUGCCCAAAUUCAUCAGCAAAUGUUCACUUAUCAGAACUUUUUAGGUUGAAUUGGUCUAAAAUAAAAACAUCACAUGAUUUAUUAUCAGCAACAGAACACCUUAAAGAUGGAGAAAAUGGUAAAGAUUGUUUAUUAAGUAGUGUUGAUUCAACAAAAUGCCUCAAAUGUUUUCAUAAUAUUGGAACAAAGUUAGAAAAAAUUACUUAUGCCUACAACAUUUUUAAUAAAACUCUUCAUCGUUUUGAUUGUAUGUUGGCAGUUGACAGUGCCUCAGCAACACGUCCAUUCUCCCCAAAUGGUACUUGUGUUAAUUGUAAGAUAUGGUAUCGAAAAUGGUUGUUGGUUCAAUUAAUAGAUAUAUGGAUUGAACCAAUUUGUAUAAAUUGGUGCUACUAUGCUCAAUUAGCAUGUCCCCAUUUUGCUACUAGUAAAUCAGUAGACUAUGCAGGACACCCAACUUUCCAAUGUCGAGAUACAAAUAUACCAAUAAGUAAUAAUUAUCCAUCAAGGGAUUUCAAUGAUUUAAAAUAUAAGGAUGAUGAUAGUACAAUGUCAUUAUCAUGCAAUUGUUUACAUCCAUGUGAUUUUUAUCGUGAUUUAAAUUCAUUAGAUCCACUAAAUGAAGAAGAAGUAAAACAAUUAAAAAAUUCUAAAUUAGAUCAUCAUGAUGUAUUUUGGGAUAUAAAUUUUUGUAAAUUACGAAAAUAUAAAUGUAGUAAACAAAAAAAGAAACAAGCUUAUUUAACUGGAAAAUAUAAAAAAAUAGUUAAAACCAAAGAUGGAAAAAUUGGUAAAGAAAUAAAACAAAAAAAUGGAACAGGAAUACUUUCAAAAAUUAUACAAACUUCAUCAUCACCAACUAACUCUCUCAAUUCAACUCAAUUAAUAUGCCUUUCAUUAAAUUUUUAUAUUUUUAUUAUCCUUCUUCAAAUAAUAAUUUGA